AUGACGAAGAAGGCAGCUCAGUGUAAGACUAAAACUCAAUUAAGGGUGACUAAUUGCAAAAUCGGUGGUUUAGGAAUGUGUAAUCGAGGUGUAGUGAGUGAGGACAGGAUCAGUGAGUUGCUUGAACCUUUGCUUGUGGAUAUAUUGUCUUCACUUCCAACAAAAACUGCUAUAGCCACGAGUGGUUUGUCUAGAAGUUGGAAAUCUAUAUGGACGAUGUUGCCAAAUCUCGAGUUUGAUUCUUGUCACUAUAAUCACCAAACAUUUUCAGAGGAUGUUUCCAGAACGCUGAUUCUACAUAAAGCUCCGGUUCUAGAGAGUUUGAAAUUGGAAGUUGGAUAUAAAUGUGAUGCUAUGGAGAUUGGAUUAUUGGUUGGAAUUGCAUUUGCACGCCAUGUGCGUAAAUUGGUACUCAUUGUUUUCAGUAAAGGGCUAGUAGGCUACGUAAAAUUCCCGGGUGUUUUGUGUAGAUGUAAUAACACACUCGAGAUUUUGGAACUCACGGGUACAAUUAUCUUAGACCUUCCUUCUCCGGUUUGUUUCAAGUCCCUGAAAGCGCUGAAGCUUUCCUAUGUACACUUCAAAGAUGAAGAAUCUGUUUCCAAACUUUUAUCUGGCUGCCCUAUACUUGAAGAUUUGGUCGUUAAUAGAUUUAGAAAUGCCGAUGUGGCGACUUUCACUAUUGCCUUGCCAUCAUUACAUAGACUAACCUUAGAAGAUCAACACUAUGCAAACCGUGCUGGAGGCUAUUUGAUAAAUGCUCCUUCUUUGAAAUACUUGAACAUCAAUGGGUUCGAUGGGCUUGAAUUUUGUCUGAUUCAGAAUGCGCCAGAGCUUAUGGAAGCAAAAGUCAGUGAUGUGUAUGAUAUAAAGAAUGAGAACAUUUUGGAAACUCUAAUUCAAGCCAAACGUCUUUCCUUAGACUUAUCACCCUUAAAGGUAGUUUUUCCUAUUGGUAAAAUCUUCUAUCAGCUUUUAUCUUUGGAGCUACAUACAAACAAGUAUGGGUGGUUGUAUCUUCUUUCACUCAUGCUCGAUAGUUCUCCUAAAUUACAAAUCCUCAAGCUCACUGACCCAUAUCACUACCAUAACAAAGAUAGUCGUUUCGGCUGGAGUCAACCGAAACGUGUACCAGAAUGUUUGUUGUUCCAUCUUGAGACAUUCGAGUGGAUAGGAUACGAAUCGCAACUAGAAGAUGAGAAAGGAAUGGCUACAUACAUCCUUAAGAACGCAAGAUGCCUGGAGAAAGCAACUCUCUCCACAAAACCCAUAGAAUCUAAGGAGCUCGACAAGUUGGAAAAGAGACGUCAGAUGCUCUACCAGUUGGCUACUGAGGUCAGGGCUUCAGAUUCAUGUCACCUCGUUCUCGAUUCUAAAACUGCUUACGAGAGAUGA